AUGCUCCCCGACCCGGAGUCCUGGGCCAGGACGCUGCACCCUACCCCACCCCCACCCACAGAGCUGCCAUGGUGGAGAGACGAGCUCCGGGCGGUCCCAAGGUCACCGCUGCAGGGCGAUCGCCGCCGCUCAGGAGACCGGCUCCGCUGCCGCCGCUGCCGUGUAAACAAGGGCCACCGCGGUGCCCCCACCCCACCCCUGCCGCCCGCAGGGACCGACCCCGGUGCCAGGUCCGGGCGCAAGGCGUGGGUGGCUGAUCCCCGCGGCGAGCAGUGCAGCCUCCCUGGGCGCCGGGGCCGGGAGGGGGUCCACCUAUUGACGGAGCGAGCGCAAUGCACUGCGCCCCUGCAGUACGGCAUUGCGCUGUCAGCUGCCUGGAACCAGAUCACGGAUGCGCUCUGUUACCUCACGGCCGAGCUGCGCCGAGGCCCUGGAGCCCGGGACGCGGCCAUCUGGAGAGGUGUCUCGCUGAGCAGCAGCAUGGGACUGCCACAGCGGCUACCCCCUGCAGAGGGCCAGUCAGCCUGGGAAGGCGGGGCUCGGGGGAAGGCGCGGAGGGGACACAGCCCGCAGCGAGGGGGAGGGGCGGCCGCGGGAGCUGUCGCGGUGCCGCAGCGGCGCGGCCCGUUGCCAUGGCGAGGGCGCAGGCAGCCCCGCGGGCUCCUCCCUCAAGGCCCUCGCUCCCAGCGGCGCGGCUGGAAGGCCAACCAGAGAGCCCAGGGGAGCCGUCAGCGGCUAGGGGCCAAGAAGGGGCAGCCACUGCAAUCCCCCCCAGCGACAGAGGAAAAACCCCGGGAGGGUCUGCAGGCCCCACUGCCGGCUCAAGUCAGUCGUCUCCAGGCCGGGUGGAAAGAGAGGCCAGCCAUUCGAUCACUGGACCUGUGUAGGCUUGUUUUCACGCUUUGUUGGUGUCGAUCUGUGGAACGCCCGGUGUUUCCAAAGCCCCUCAACUUGCUGCCCAGGACUCCACCCCCAGCCGCUGGGCUCACCUGCACACCAUGCUCUGCUGCAGCAGCGCGGCCAGAAGACUGUCCCCCGGGGCCGGCAUGCGUGGGCCCACCAGAGCUCCCUCCCCGUCCACCUUACCCUCUCCCCACUGGAGCGGCUGCUGCCAUCUUGGGUCCAGUGCCAGCGCUCUUUAUGGAACAGGGAUGGCCUGCUAUUUGCCACUUCUCCACGGUUAUCUGAAGGAAUGUAAACUUACAGAAAAGUUGCUGGAGUCGUACCGAGGACACUGCCUCGUGCCCUCCGUCCGCACGCACCGCUUCUUCCUCUUUGCUCCCUUGCCUUCCCCAUCCUCUUUCUCUGCGUGUGUCUGGUUAUAUUCUUUUUUCUGAACUGUUUGAGAAAAGGUUGCAUAAAUCAUUGCCUUUACUCCUUACUGCUUCAGUGUAUAAUUCCAGUGGACACGGUACUUCUGCCUACAGUCCCUGUUCUGACCGCGUCAGCUGUCCCAACCAGACUUUCGCAGCUCUGUUGUUUCCCAAUCCAGGGUCACAUGUCGGUUUCACUCAUCAAGCCUCUUAGUCUCCUUAAUCUGAAACAGUUCCUCAGCCACUUGUGUCUUUUAUGACACUGACAUUUUUUAAGAGUGCAGGCCAGUUGUUUUGUAGGAUGUCCCUCUAUUUGGGUUUUCUGAUGUUUCUGCAUGAAUCGGUUCACAGUUUAUUUUUCUGGCAGAGAUACCACCAGAGCAGUGUGUAUCCUUCCUGAUACAUCAGACAGGCAGGUGCCAGGUGUCAGUUUAUCCAUUAGUGGUGAUGUUAUCCUUGACCACCCGUGAAGGUGUCCACAACUUUCUCUACAGUGAAGUUACUGCUUCCUCCUUUGUGAUUAUUAAGUAGCUAAUGAGGAUGUACUUUGGAUUCUGUAAAUAUCCUGUUCCUCAUGGGAACCCCUCCCUCAUGUCAGCACGCAUUGGUGAUUCUUACCUAAAUCAAUCUUCACUGUGAUGGUUGCGCUUUUUAAAUCACUUAUCUACCUAUUUUUGUUUUCUGAAUUAUCACACAGAAAAUUGACUUUUUGGAAGGUGUGCAGUUCUAUGAAUGUUAACACACGUAUAGAUUCCUGUAGGCACAUCACUCAGGACACAGAAUGUUCUGUCACCCUAACAGCCCCCUUCGGCUCUCCCUUUAU